GUGGAAAAGAGGAGGGGAGUGAUGAUCAGUGUUUACGUGGAAUCAAAAAUUCUCCGAUCUCAUCACAAAAUCCAUCGGAACAACAGAUUCCGACGUGAUCGUCGUGCCCAACUCCUCUCAUAUACUCACAGUGCCCAUGCAAAACCCUUUCACAAUCUCACCCCUAAAUCAAAGAAGCGGAGAUUCAGAGACAGGAUAAGAAGAUUGUUUUGUGGAUUCUCUAGGUCUAGGGUGAAGAAGAGGCUAUGGAAGUAUGAAUCAGCUAAGGGUGAAGCUAAAUGGAGCUAUGGAAGAAUAGAUAAAUUUCAUCUUUGUAAGAAAUUGAAGUGCUUGUUAAAGAAAAUAUGUGUGGCUUGGAAAUGCAACAAUGGGAGCACUGAUUGUAUUUAAAUUGAAGGACUUUUGAACAAUGAGUGUAUCUGAUUUCAUUUUAUCAACGGCAAAUAGUAGUAGCUAAU